GGACAUCAAAAACCGACCGGUAUUCGCUGCGUUUCCGUUGCCCAUGACACCGGAACGAAGUUCUGACAGCUGAUUCUCCAAUCAGUUCAUAUCCACUCCGAGACCCAAAUAAAACCCUAAAGAAGUUCUUUCCGGUCGGACCUGCCUCCUCAGAGAAGCUCCGGUGGGAGCUGCUGUUGCCCUCGGCUCAAACAGGAAGGAGGACGGCUGAGUAUGGUGUAGCACGGAGCGCUAGCUCGGAGACAGCAGGUAAAAACACAAGCUAAUACAGGCGAGCGUGGAGACUUUCCUAACAACUUCAGCGCGCAGUUUCCAGCGAUUUCACCAGCUAUCUGAAAUCAUAGGUAGAUGUGAUAAGAACUGAGUUGAAAUCAAGCUUGAUGAGUGUUUCCGUUAGCCGUUAAGAGCGGUUCAAAAUACGGCGAGUUAAAGAAACUACAAUGACGAGGCAGGAACUCAACUGACAAAUCCGAACACAUUUGUUGUAGUUUUCAGUCUUUUUCACACUCUUUGGAUUAUUUUGCGGUUAAACCUCCUGUCUGUAUUGAGUGUGAACCUCAAUUACCCAGGCUCAUCAAGUUUACCUCACUGUUCCUUAAAGAAGGGGGGAAAUCAAAACAAAAGACUGUAACUGUCAUUAAUCUUUUAGGUUUUUCAUUUUUACACUUUAUUACAUUCAGUUAAUAUUCAAAACAUCCAAUACAAACAAGGGAAAAUCUCAAACACGUGACUGAAAAGGAGCAGAAAGAAGAAAACUCUUUCAAAAUAUAUUAAUCAACUGAAAACAUAAUAAAAAUAAACAACAGCUGCAGGCAAACACGCCUUUUUACAGUUCAUUAUUUAUUAUUUUCAGAAACAACCUACAAAACGAACAGAAAAGACCACGUUAAUUUCCACUUUUGCACAAAACAAACAUACGAAGACUUAUUUACUCAACAUACUGUCUUUGACACUUUCUUUUUGAACAUGAAAUUUCAUGCAUUCUUUUAAUUUGAUCCCUUUUCUAGCCAUUAUUUAGUUUCUUUUGCUUGUUUCAUUUCUUGUUUCUAUUCCUUGGUUCUUUGCACCAUAAAAGGGCCUUUAAGUAAGCCCAGGUAGUGAGCCAGGUGUGGAGGGCGGAGCUAUACAGAUUUUUGACUGUGUUUGCGUGGCAGCAGGUGAACUUUCUCUUUGUGUUGAAUGAAAAUAAAUUGGUCACCGUACUCAAAGAAAGAAUAUUGGAAUCUUGGUUUUUAUUGUCACAUCACGCGUCAGAACGAGUUCUAGCUCUUCACCCAUUGGAACUCAGGUGUAUAGUCUCAGUGGUAAGACUCUACAACGUGCGUGCAACACCAAAAGUAAACUGUAAACAAACAUAACCAGUGAGAAUAUUCAAAAAGACAAUAACAAAAUGAAAAUUUGUCAGAUAUGGAACAAUUAUCGAAUUAUACAAGAGGUACAAUGCUUUAUUAUCAAAGUAGUCCUUAACUUUGUUUAACAUUUACUACUGUUUGACUAACAUCCAGGUAGUCAGUGUGAGCGAGCAACAGCAGGGUGCAGUGACUGACAGCCGAGGCAGGUGGGUGAGAGUCAACCUCAGUGACACACAUUUAAAGGGAUCACUGAUACCUGACACCCCUCACUGCCUCACUGCUAAUUCUACCCCCCAAAUAAGUUUCCCUAGAGCUCAGGCUGGACAGUGCAGUGAUGCCAGGGAGCUGAUCACCGUUCACACAGGCUUAGUAUGACCUGUGGUCCUCUGGUAAUUUGUGAAUUACCCCCUGAGGUCAGACACACAAGUAAAGUCUAUAAUUUACUUGAACUUCCUGACGUGUCUGAUUGAAAAUGCCAGGGCAGUGCACGGCAUCAGCAUUACACUCUGCAGCUACAGCCGACCAGGAAUUUAUUACAAGAAGAUUUCCACAUCUGGUCAACGAAUGUGCAUCACGAACACAUGCAAAAACUUUGUCAUAUAAAGUCUAUAAGCUACUACUAGGGUUGCAAAAUUCUGUGAAUUUUCAGGGUAAAUAUAAUUGAUCUAUAAGACUAAUGUUUAACUUGCAAACAUCAAAUAAAAAUAGGUGCUAAAUGAAAGCUAUUUUUCAUUUCAUUGACCAUUUAAGGGGCUAGCCUGUAAUGGUGGUUGUAGCUACCUCAAACGUGAUUCUGUUCAUGCCAUUGCACUAGGGUUUUUACAAGCUUUUUAUGUUAUUUUAUUCUUCGGAAAAAUGCCAGGUUCGCCAUCUGAUGUGUGUCAUGUUUUUUAAUUGUACUAUUUUGCAUGGAUGACUGCUUAUGACAAAACAAAAAUAUUUACCUUUAUGUUUGGAUAUUAUACAGUUUGUUCAAAUUACUCCCAAUUUCAAGUUAAUUCCCAUAAAUUCCCAGAUUUCCAAAGGAAAGUUUCCAAUUUGGAAUAUUUCCAAAAUUCCCCAGCUUAACUUCCCAUGGAAAGUUUCUGGAAAUGUACCAGAAAUUUUCCGAAAAUUUUCCCCCUUUGCAUCUAAUACAUCUAAUUCCGAGUUUGAUCAGUCAGUCUUCCUGUCGACGUGAAAAGCAGUAGCCUACAGUCUUACUACAGUAUAUAGUAUACUAUAUCGACAGUAUAAAUGUAUUUUUUAGAACUUCCUAAAAAAUUUAAAAAUCGUCUGAUUAAUCGUUAAUUGGAUUUUUUCCCCCCUAAUAAUCAGUAUCGGCAUCAGCCCCAAAAAAUCCACAUUGGUCGAGCCCUAUUAUCAUGUCAUAGUUGACAGCAAACUCUUUCCUCUGUCGUAACACUGAACUCUAUCCCAGCAGAUGUUUUCUUUUCUUCUUCUUUUACACAAAUGCCUGUAGAGUCAGCUGCAAAAUGCCAACACUAAAAAUGGCCCCACAAACAAGGCGACCUGAAGAAGCAAAUAAACAACAGCAAAGGCAGGAACCCCCUCAAGCGGCGUGCUGUUGCAUGGCAUAGAUUAUUACCUGCUGAUGUGUUUACGAAGAGUGAAUGCUUUUAUCUCCGAGUGUAACGCUGUUAUAUCAUAGUCAAGUGCUUCCUGCUGCAGCAUCAUUAGUAAGAAAAUUGGCAGGAGCAGGAUGUUGGUGUGCUCUUUUGUCUUCCUCUUACUUUGCAGAGUCUGUUCAACAUUAUUUAGCGGUGAGCAGAAACACGGCUCACUAUGAGGGUUGGAGACGUCUGUUUGUUACACUCACGAUGUCAAAAUUAAAAUCCUCUUUUGUCAUGAGCUUCAGAGUUCCCUGUUGUUAACAUCAGUCCCAGAACUAAAUAAUCACUAUUCAUGAUAAUUACAGCAGAGACGAUGUUGUUCUGGCAGCUUUCAGAAGUGAUUAAUUAGCUCAUUAACUGUAAUUUCUUUGAAGGAUGAUGGAAUAAAUUAAUGAUAGAUGUUUACGACUGAAAGAUGAAAGUUUUUAGCUUUUAAAUCACUUAAAAACUGUCAAGAAGACUUUCAUUUAACACUUAGAUCAGUAAGCCACUUGUAGCUCCCUGCCAAUUUCUUCACACACGGUGUUGUUGAGUUGCUUUCCCUUGAUCGUUUGCUGUCUGUUAAUUAUUCCACCAUAAUUUAGUGAUGAUUCAGUCUUUGGUUUAUUGCUACGGCUCAUAAAAGACCUUAUUGUUGGCAGUAGUCUCCUUUCUUUACAUAAUGAUACCAACAUUAAGUUGAUAAUAAACAUGUAUUUGUACUUAAACUGAAUGAUUUGUUAGCCCUGGAUUAAUUUUCAUCAGCUAUAUGAGAAGACCAUCAAAUAUCUUUUAUUUAUCAGCUAAACUGAGCUGUUGGUUCAAAUCAAAAUGGCCUUAAAGGAUCCUUUUCUGUAGUGUUUUCUCUUUAUCUGACCAGCCUGUCAUUGUCCAUAUUUGUUCAAAUUGUGCAGCCAUGUUUGGGCAGACUGUUCCGACGCACUAAGCUGAACCGUCCAGACAGAAGACCGUUCGCAUUUACAGCUGCAAGAAUUUUACAAGUUAGGAUUUGCAUGAAGAGAUGUGUCUGAUGGUAUAUGUAUUUUCCUUCAUGCCGUGACAGAAGUUUUUACAUUUCUGUCUGAUUGUCAGGCGUUUUAGCAGCAGUGCAGUCCGGCACAGUGCAGCGUGGGGCAGAUAAAGGCAGACCACAGCAGCGGAGUCAUGCUUACGUUGGCCAGUAAGCUGAAGAGGGACGAUGGAGGGAAGACGGGCCGUGCCUCAGGAGCAUCUGACUCCACCCACAGGGUCUCCAUCAGGGACCGCCUCCUAACCAAAGGUAACAGGGACCACCGUACAGUAUUUCUUCACAAAGCACUGCUAGUUCCUGCUUAUUUGUUCACUCUCUUAUCCCCCAUGUAUGUUUCUGCUGAACUUCAUUUACUCAUUUCGGUCCUUUAAUUGUUUCGGGACAUUUUUUAUUGCCUUCUGAGUCAGCGUCCGGACACCUGCCUCCUCUGUCCUUUUAUAAAAUUCUUCAGCAAACUCAUUACACUUUGUUUAUCCCACAAGCAGCUAAAAUAAUAAAACACUGGCUUGUGUCGUCGAGGUCAUUUAAAAGCUGUAUCCAAAUUGAUCCUUUCCUCUCACAGAUGUUGUUCAUAUCUGUGGUAUUCUCACCUCAUAAAGCUGCGAUUAUUUUCCAUCAUUUUUCCUUUUUUACUUAAUUAUUGUCAAGACUAAAUUUUAACCUAACUGUGAUUAAAUCUAGAGAGUAAUAUGUGUGUGUCGCCACCUUACUUAGCAGCCAUUUCUGCAGUUGCAGCGUCCGUCGCUGCCUCCUGACUGUGACGUUAUCAUAGAAAGCUGGAUUAUAAGCAUUACACAGCUGUUGAUGAAGGUAUCUUAUCCACGUGAUCCUGCAUUAUUUAGAUUUAAUUGCCUGAUUACAUAUGCAGGAAUAGAAAAAGCCUUCACCAUAUCCACCACAUAAAAUGCAGUGUCACGUUAAAUGAUUAUUAUACAGUUAAAGUUACAUUAAGGGAUUAACGGCCUCAUUUAAUCCUCUCAGAUUAAAUUAUGCAAAUUAUUCAACAAAAGUCUUCUAAAGAAGUCUGUGCAACUAAAGAACUUCUACAAAAUAAUUUAACACUUCUAAUGUUUGAUUUAAGACCUUUUUGACUUUAUACAUUUAUAUGUCCAUGUCGAGGCUGAUUCAGAAAAUCAUGUAAGCACCUGUCAGUUUACUGCGCCCCCUCCCUCCCUUUCCUCCAGGCACUCAGGUGUUUUACUUUGAUACACUAUGUCCUAAAUUCAUCAUCAUGAUGUUCAAAACUGAGGUUUACAGACCUGUUCCAACACGACUUAUGGGCUCAAACUCUAUUAAGACAAAAACAAAAUCCUCCUCCUAAAUUAUAAGGUUGUUUUUGCCACCUAAUAUUAAAAAUACUUGCUCAUCACUACCAUCGGCCAAAAACGCAGACUCUGAUUAACUUUGUGGAUCCAGUAGUUCAAGGAUGAAGGACUGUUAAAGUCAAAUGUGGACCAGACUUUUUAUUAAACUUCCUUUAAGGACCUGACAUGAGAGCUUUUAGGCAGACUCCUUCUUCUAAUUACAAAGAGUUACACCCUGAACAUUUUAAAGAGUAGGCUUGUAUGCAUGACAAUGCAAAACUCUUUGCAUGACUCACCAGAAAAGUGAACUGCCUAGAGGGAGCGUCCCUUCCCCUCGACUAUUUCUGUGAUGUAGUGUUAUAAAGCUGACACAAAUAAGCAGUGAGCAGUGUGUCAGUGUGAGAAAAGCAAACAGAGGAAAAGGUGCUUGAAAAACUUGGACACACUUAACCCAGGAGCAAUGCAAGCUAAACAACUCUCUCCUCUUCCUGUCAUCCUCUUACUCAUCUUUUCUCUCUCUCUCUUUUAUUCGCUUCUCAUUUUGUCACCCGCUAAUAGAAUCUUUCUGCUUCAUCGCAUAAGACAAUUUAUUUUACAACUUGCAUUUUAGAAAUUAUGUUUCCAUGCAGAGGCAAUCAUCUCUAAUUGAUCAGGUGGUGUUUCGGCGCCUCAUGUAAUGAAUGUGGCAGAGUCAGCUGUCUGUGUUCAUGGAUCCUGAGUAUUUCUGGGUGUCUGUAUCUGUGACUCUGUCUUUCCCUUUGUCUUUGCGUCUUUAAUAAUUAUUUUUCUUCUUCCUCUCAACAGAAGUUGCAGAACUUGAAGCCAACCUCCCUAGUAAGUACGCUUCACACUCCCUCACACACUGAUCUCUUUUAGUUAGUGUCGCCAGGCUAUCAGAAUUCAUUACCCUCUCCAUUCCGCACCAUGUUUUUUAAGUACAACUCCACUUCUUUGUGCCUUUAAUUAGGGCUGGGCGAUAAACCGGAAAUUUACCGAUACCGAAAUUCACGACAAUGACCAACGUCAUUUUGCCUGUGUCAAAAAAAGAAAUAAAUAAAAGUUGGUUUAGGAUGUGUGUAGGUAGGCUAUGGUCUCAUGUCCCUUUUAAGACACUGUCCUACAUUGGAGACAUGACUCUGUCUCAUCCAGUCUGUAACAAAGAGGGGAAGACAGGUGAGGAGAUGGAGGACAGUUCAAAAAUUGUAGCGGCUGAAGUAGACGAAGUUAAUGUGGGAGGGGGUGAGCAGCUUGUGGAGUAGUUAUUGUCCAUUUAUCAUUAUCGAGGUGAACUGAUCAAUAUAUCGUGAUAUUGAUUUGAGGCCCUACUGUCAAAACAGUUUUAAGUGCAUCAGCUGAAUAAAUGACUAAAUAUAUACGUAAUAUAAACGUAAAAAUGCUUUAUGUGUUUGCCUACUUUGCAGAUUGAAUGUCAAUGUUUCUAUCUUUGAAAAACAAAAGAGGUGUUAGAGCAAAGUCUGUAAGAGUAACAAGUGUUAUCUGCAACAUGAAACUGAACUGCAGCCGGAGUCCGAUUACUUUCCUCCCAGUGUAGGAGUCUGCUAUGCUGUUAAAUCUAUUUAAUAUGAGCUCUGUAAUGUUUGUGAUUGCGCCGGCAUUUAAAUACCUCUUUGUUAAGCUGCAAAUGAUCCGUAAUCCAGAGUAUAAACAAAUGCAAUGUGAGCCCGGGAUUAGUGUCACACUUGUUUGACAUCUUGCCCAGAGAUUUAUUCGUUCAAACACACUGUCAGCUCAGCGUCUACUCUAGUUCUGGCUUUAAUUUCUGAAUGUCCACAAUAGUAUAUUAAAUCUUCAUCAGGUGGUUACCUGAUGUUGUUAGUAUGAGAUUAUUAUAAGUAGAUUUUUUAAAAGAUUGCUCAAGCUGAACUUUAUAUUUUGAAGUUUGUUUUCACGACUGAGAACCAUAAAAGCCAGAAAAACAAAUGAACACUGUUUUAACACAGUGUUAAUUGGUGAGGACGCCAACUGGUCUGUUGGGAGAUAUUUGUGUCUUAAAUAUUCUGAACCAAAUCUCAAACCUCGGGCAAAUGACAAGUCUGUAAAUAUACAAACACUUUCAAAAAAGAGAGACUUUGAGUCUGAAUACAUUAAUUUGAUAGUACCGUAUUUUUUGCACUAUGAACUUAAUUUAACUCAUUCAAUAACUCUGCAUGGCUACGGUAGCUGCAGUGCUCCGACAAGCCAAAAGGAUUUUACGUGUGCCUUGUAGUACCUUAUAGUAUGGUAAUAAUAAUGCAUCCGAUUUUUUAUAGCACUUUACAUUGGAUACAUCAUUCAUUCGCUCACACAGUCACACCCUGGUGGUGGUAAACUACCUUGGUAGUCACAGCUGCCCGGGGACAGACUGACGGCAAUGUUAUAAGAAAAGAUGAAACACAAACUUUAUCCUGAAAGCGUCAAAAAAUAACAUUUCUUGAAGCAAAAAGAGAAAAAAAAUCUCUUGAUAAUAUAAAAUGCCUUUUUUUAAACAGCAUGAGUAAACUUCAACGAGUUUCAGCAUCAAGCCUUUACUUCCUGAUGAAAGCUUGAUGUCGAAACACGUCGAAGUUUGCUCAUGUUGUUUAAAAAAAGGCAUUUUACAUUAUCAAGAGAGUGCCUUGAGAGUUUUUUCUCUGUUUUUGCUUCAAUGACUUUGUGAAUCCUUUUCCAAAGAACACCUCAGACAAACUUCUUUUAGUCCAGGCAGCACUCCUUUCCUUUUGUCUUUUCAUUAACAUUUCUUAGUGGCACCAGGGUCUCUAACAAACCGCUGAGCUUCAAACAUGUCGAAAACAACUCUGUGAAAACCAUCCAGUUUAUUUAAUCUCCGCCAACACUAUACUGUUUGAGUCUAGUCCCAACCACUGAGAUUAGGCUGGAACUCAUCAUAGAGGAGUAGGGCGGCUGAUUGUAUGUGAUCCAAACGACCGCUGGCGUUGUCAAAGCACCAUGAAGGACAAACGAGCCCACUGGAGGGACUGUUUAAGCAGGGUUGGCGUUUACAAGUCAGUCCAGAGCCCUCACAAAUUGUCUUUGUGACAAACAGAAAUGCAAAAAUCACCACCUCCAACUCGAUGCUUCAAAAUCUUCCAGCUCUGCGUGUUUCAUUAGUAAAGCUUGCUGGCAUCAAUCAUCAGUGUGUUUGCCGGAGACAGUUUCAAAAAACACAAAUUAGCUUUGUGUAAACUGAUCAACCGUUAAUUGUCUGCUGCUGUUGUCCCUGCAGAUUUUCUGCUCUACCAGGUUUCAAAGUAGUCGAACUGCUGCAUUUGAUUCAGUGUCAUCACAGAAAUGACAAAAAGAUUGGUUAACAGAAGAGUCUAAUUUCUUUCCCCACCAAAAAAAAAAGCGCUGAUGUGAAGUUGAGUUUUAAUUGGAAGAAGAAAAAAACGCACUCAGGUGUGUACAGUAUUUUUGAGUGCAGUACAUGUCCCUAAACACUAGGGGGAAAUGUGAUGCCACAGGGAGUCCUAAGGCAGGGGUUGAAAGCAUAAACAAACUAUGACUGAGGAACAGAAAACUGAAUAAAAGACAUAUGUACAUUUGUUUUUUACACAGUUACUUGGCAUACAGUAAAGUUUUAUGUUUCUGACUUAGACAUCAUCUUUUUUCAAGAAUGACCAAUAACUGUUCCCCUAAUUUCUCCUUCACCAGGUACAUGCAAAGCCAAUUUCCCAGAUGAGGAUAAGCUGCAUCAUUUUCAACUGGCAGUGUCUCCUGGUAAGAGAGAAAAAAAGUGAUCUAAUUUAUUUGUGAAUUCUUGAUUUAAGAAUGAAAUACACAAAAAUGUUCAUUUUAGCUUCUGUCAGUGUGCCCACUUUCUUUGACUGUAUCAUAAUUAAAACUCGGGUAAAUAUCUGAAUAAGGCGUAGUGUAAGAGAUUUAGUCAGGGUAGGGAUUUUAUUGACUUAAUAUUAAAGCCACAGGAAAGACAGCAGUUUAGAAACAGUUAAUGUAGCCUGGCUUGAAAUCGUGAUGAGGAGCUGAGGGCAGACAGAGGAAAAUAAUCUCUGAUUUAAGCCGGUUUAAUGUUGGAUAAUGAAGUUUGUCCAAAAGACCACAAUUUUUUGUCUUAUUUUGGUAAGUUUCUGGGUCUUGUGUAUAAAAUCCAUACUUCAGAAUCAGAAUUACUUAAUUGAUUCCAAACAGGGAAAUUAUGGUGUUACAGAACUAUUUUAGUGAGCCUCUGAGCCUAAACAAUAUAAGAAUAUCCACCUUAUUCCCAUGAACUCUUGCAUGAAUUAUGGGCGCGACUUCCGGCAUGGAUUAGGAUGCAUUAGGAUUUUUUAUUCACAUCGAUUCCACCCCAUUCAACUUCCAUGAACCCCACCACUUCCCACCUAAAACCACAUCACUUACGCACUCCAGAAACCAAGGGAAAUCCUGGUACAUAAUAAUGGAAAAGGGUAAUACAUGUUAUUGCCUUUUUAUUACAGUGCUGUGUUCUCCAUACACAUUAAAUCUUACCACAGAGUAGGGUAUGGGUGUGCUUCCAUGGGCUUUUUGUCCACGAAGUGAAAAGAGCACAUGUAGAAUGUUUUUGGUGGUCUUUUUAAAUUCAGGUUUUUCAGCCACAUCCUUCUGGGUUUCUCUUUGAUCGGUAGGCAAUGGAAUUGUUACCGACUGUCACACGAACACUAGCUCUUAGUUAGAGGCACGUGUUCAAGACAUUGCUCUCGUAGCCUCAUAUCGAGCUUCGUCUGGUUGUUCGUACAGCCGCGAAUUGUGCAACAUGUUCCCGAGCUGCGUAAGGACAUGCUGCUGGGCUUGAUCGUGAAAAACUGUAAAUCUUCACUCAGGGGAGGCCCUGACGCCUAUUGAGAAAAAAAUCUUAGUAUAGAUAAUCAAUUAAAUAUUUUAUUCUCUGCUCUCUUGAUUCGAAAAGUGAGUCUUUGCCUGCAGUUGUACAAUGCAGCAACCACUGCUUUCUCAUUCUGAGCUGUUGUACCUUAAAGAAAAUGCUGGGUUUGUUUGAGUGGAGAGUAUUGUGUGUGAUGAAGUGGGUGACUGCGGUUUUUUAGCAAGUCUAGUGUCUUUCUGUCUGAGCGUGUUCCUUUAAAAUGGUACUGCAGUCUUCACUGUAUCUCACAUUCGUAAUCCCUCAGUCCAAUCUGUUUGCUCAGCAGUGUUUCCAGUGAAGUUUCCUACCUGUCAAAUAUUGAGCACACUGAACACACACCGGUGUGGAAUUACCUCCUACCCCCCUCAGUCUCUUGGGACUUUUUCACGUCUCAUUUCCUUCUCUGUCUGUCACACGCUCGCUCACACACUCACUCUAUGUCAUCAAGCCCAGCGUCUCCUGCUCAUUUCUGUCUUUUUACAGAAUGUGGAAAUCUUAUCUGCACCGCGAGUUUGAAGAUACAUGACAGGGAGAACAAAAGCCAGAGACAGAAAAGGGGGAAAAAAUAGAGACUCUGCAUUUUUGUGGGGACAGAGAGACAGAAACAUAAAAAAGGGGAUUCAAGGGAAAAUGAAAAGUGGACAGAAUAUUUCAAACCGCUCUUUGACCGUCGAUUCACAUCCAGCCAAACAGCAGGGUUUGAAAAUGAUUCAUUAUUGUUGGCUAGUCGUAAAUAAGAGCUUUCACAAUUCUACUGUUUCCCUGUGUUUAAUUUGGUCGCUCUGUGAUUGAUGAAAGCUGGGAUUGUCCGGACACCUUCAGGGCUCUCUAGGGAUGACGUGUAGGAGUGUAGUAACACACACACUUGAAUAUUGCCAAACUAUGUUUUUCCAACAUUUUGCAAUUCUCGAAAGCACUUUUUCAUAUCGAAUGUUGGGAGUGAAAGAGAUCCAAUUACCAGAGUUUGUGCAUACUGCAGUAUUUUACACACACUGACAAUACUUGGGCAGACCGCCAAGGUAUAUUUCCAGCAACUAUAUAUAUUCCCCUACCAAAAUCCCAGAAUACCAAUUGAAAACAAUCAAAUUAGAAGUAGUUUUAUGCAAGAAACAUACACUUACAGCAUAUUUUUAAAGAGCAGAGAAGCACAAGUCUGCCUUACACUGUACUUUAAUACAGCAUCACUGACUGGUGUGUGAUCAUGGUGACUGUAAGUUAUUCUCCAUGUUAAAAAUAUGCCGAUAAUUGGAAGCCAGCCUUUUUUUCACUCACAAAGGACGUGAUUGCGGCUUUAAUUAGAGACCUGUCUGCAGAUUGAACGCUGGUCUUUCUUUCAGGACUUGAUGUAAGUAAGAGCAAAGAGAGCAGUUCGAAGUCAUUAGUGACCCACAGUCCAAAAGGUUGGAGUGAAUACAGACACAGAUGCUUAAUUUUACCCUAUACUGAUAUGAAAUCUGAUCCAAGCUUGGAAAAUCACAAUGUCCCAAAAAAGUCCAUUCAAUUUCCAUCUAGUCGAGAUUCAUCACAUAAAAAGUGAAGCACUUUAAGACGUUUGUGUCGGAAUCCUGAUGAUUAGUGCUCACAAAGGAAAAGGAAAUCUGUAUCUCCAUAAGUUUUCUUAGCAGAUAGAAGCAUGGAGUGCUCUAAGAUCUCCUGGUUGUCUUUGGACUCUGAACUUGAUAAAUGUAGAUCUAUAGCCGCGGAUGACAUGGUGCCCCAAAUCAUCUCAUGCUGGAUUUUGAUUUCCAAAUGAAAAUCUAAAUUGACUUUUAUUUUAAAACAGGGAUUUGUGGUUAUUCUGAGCUUUUGUUUCAGCUAUGGCUAUAAUAUUAAAUUCUAAAAAUGAAAACUACUUUUGCUUAUUCUUGUUUUGCUCUUCUUUUUUCAGAUAGUAGGCUUUGUAUGAAAGGUUCAGGGCCACAAAAUGAGAAAAUAAAUGAUAACAGGAGGGAAAUAUAUUCAAUUCACAUUUCAAGAUUAAAGUCAAAAUUUCGAGUUUAUUCAUGUCGACUUUAAUCUCAAAAUUUCGACUUUAUUCACGACAUUUUCAACAUUUCUAAUCUCAAAAUUUCGACAUUAUUCACGAUGUUUUGACAUUUUUUAAUCUCCUAAUUUUGACAUUAUUUAUGACAUUUCAACAUUUUUAAUCUCAAAAUUUCACGAUGUUUUGACAGUUUUUAAUCUCGAAAUUUCAAUUUUUAAUCUUGAAGUUUCAACUUUAACUUCGAAAUUUCUACUUUAAUCUCCUUCCUGUAAUUACAUUGUUUUUCUUCAUGUAGCCCUAAUCCUCUGUCGUAGCACUGAGCUGAGGUGGCAUUUUAAAACUGUGUUCCAGUGUUGUCCCCUGUAGAUACAUUACCGCAGCGUAUCGGAAGUUGCUGUAUCAAUUCCUGUCGACCGUAAAUGAGGUUUCCUUACAUUUUGAAAGAAUGUGUAUGUCGACCUUUUCUGGCUAUUCCAAGCCCUGUGUGUGCGAGCUUGCUUUGCCUCAAUUAAGCGUGAGUGCGUGUGUGUAAGUCUGUGAUCCAUCCAUCUCCCUGUCACCUGAGUAGGCAGUGUAACUCCAGCUAAGUUUCCACAAAGGCCUUUGUAAGCAAAAUCUGCAGAGAAAAGCAAAGAUCAGCAAUUAGAGGUGAGCUCUGGUUUCAUGUUCUGUAAGAGGCGUCGAAGAAGGGAUUGGGUUUUCAGGUAAAGACUCCCUAAAUUAUUCAAAACCUCCGUGUCCCCUGUUAAACACAUAUGUACAACGGUACAGGCAUGUACAUCUCUCCUUAUCAGCUCCUUUCACUUCCUAAAUCCUCCUUUACAUCCUCAGCUCCAAAAAUGAAGGAAAUCUGGGUAAAAAUCUCGAUAAAACAGAUUUUGAUGGCUUUAUAAUCAUUUAAAAUCUGUAAAUGAAGGCAAUUGGAGCUAAUUUAGACCCUAACCCUUUUUUCCUUUCUUUCCUUCUUUAUUUUUUCUUGUGUUUUGAUUCUGUUAUUAGUCACCCAGGGGAAUAGUGGGCAUGGACUGGUUUGUUUUAGACAAAUAUUGCUUAUGGGGUACAAAACCGUCUCUUUUCAGUCUCAAGUGGCAGGAGUAGAUAUUUUUUUGCUGCUGCAUUCAUAAAAUGUCACUUCCAGUCUCAUCUAAGUUGAAUUGUCACGAAGUGUCUGUUUCCCAUGCAGCAGCUCUGCACUGUGACCCCAUCUUCCCGGACCCCUGUGUCUCUGAGGAAUGGGGACAGCAGCAACACCCCGGGGUGAACACAUUCUCACAUGUUAUUUUUGGGUUACAUGAUUAAAUUAAAAUAGUGAAGAGAAAGGACACACGCAAUCCUUUGUUUGCUUCAGAUGUGCCUUUUUUUUUCUCCCUGAUUUUCAUGUAAAUAACUCAAAUAAACUGUUUAAAAUUCAAAAUAGGGCAAACAUUAUUUUAUUGAAAGUAUGUGGGGAGAAUCUGCAUCUGACAAGUCAAUCAAUCAUUAUCAAAGGUUAUGUUCUCAAGGGUGCAAGAGCUAAUUCCUCCUUCGCCCUUUUCCUCCACCUCCAAUUUAUUAGUAUUUUUCAGCCACAUCAUUUCUCUCUGUUGUAUUUAACAUUUCAGACAGAAUACAGAUUUUACUCUGUACUGUCCAUCUGCUUAUUUUUAUCCCAAUAGUCCUCUAAAAACAAAGCCACCCCUUGAUUCUGUGAUGUAGAAAUGCUUUUUUACAGAAGAUGAUAGGGCUGGGCGAUAACCCGAAAAUUUACCGAUACCAAAAUUUACAAUAACUGAUGUCAUUUUGCCCAUGUCAAUAUAUUUGGUGUCAAAAAAAUAAGUAGGUAGGUAGGCUAUGGUCUCAUGUCUGCUUUGUAUAUUAUGAUAUUGAUUUGAGGCCAUAUCGCCCAGCCCUACAAAAUGAUGUGAAAAGCAAAAUUACAGUAAAUUGAUGUGAUUUUCUUCCACGAGUCAGCUUGACAUGAGAACUGUCACAGAGACCGUUCACAGGAGAAAUGUCAAAUAUGUCAUUACUCUAAAUCAUCUGGUUUUCACUGUAAACUCUUCAUUAUGUUGUUAAAAUGGAUCCCAGUUGUGUGGUACGCUGUUCUGGUGUGAUAUCAGAGAUAGCCGACUAGAUAAGUCCUUAGUAAAGUGAUUUAAGUUGAGGAUGUGGAGUUUGGGUUUCAGGUUGUGUGUGUGUGUGGGUUAGGGUUAAAGUGUGGGAAUGUGUGUCCAGUGUCUUGUGACAGCACGGUCUGAUGGUUUCAGUCCACUGAAGACUGCGAUGAAUAAGUCAUGACCUCUGACUGUGGCUGUUUGUCAGUAGAUUUCUUUCCAUUAAAGUGCUCUCCUCUGUUUCUGUUCACUUUAUUUCACUUUUGCACACAUCCUUCUUUUUGUGAUGUUGUACUUAUGUUUGUCCCUUUAUCUACAUUCAGUCAACCUGUGGCUCUCGGGUCCGCACAGUAUUUCUUCCCCUCCGUCUCCUCUCAUUUAUAAUACAGGGGAGACGGUUUGUGUGGUCUAAUUAAACUGUAUCUCUGUCUUUGUCAAAGGGAACGAGAUCUGGUGCGGUUUUGAAGGCUCUUUUGUCCGGAGCCUUAUCUCCGAUUGCUCAGUUACUCAGUGUGAGCAUACAGUGAGGCAGAGGAAGGACGAGAUAAGGAGAAUCUCAACUCAUCUCAUAUGGUGUUUGAAUGAAUGUGUAUAUAUGAAAAAACUCCACGCGAUUUAUAUCAUUUUCUUAUCAGCGAGGGAGAUUGUUUGCAGCAUCAUGUAGGGAAAAUAACUCUCCUAAGAGGAUAUUAAAACAGUUCGAGUUGGAUAAUUACAGUUUGUAUUUGAUCUGCCUAUCGGUACCUUUAGCAAUACACCAAUGCAGCCACAUGUAUUCCUCUCCAUUUUUUUGACCUUGGAGUCUUAAAAUCCUGAAUACCCAAGGCUGGGUUUUUGUUUGUUUACUUCUCUUUGCUUGUAACGAAUGUCCUCUGAUCUGCUUUUGCAAGAAUCUCUUUGAGACGGUAUUUUCAGUGAUAAUCUGCUGAUCCUUUUUCUGUAAAUUUUAGAAUGAUGGAUAUAAGAUAUCUGUCUAGUAUGAAAGAAACUGUAUAGUAGAUAUGAUAACUAAUUAGAGCAGGACACUGAGCAUCGCUGCGCUAUGUAUUUUAUUUUUUUUGUUUGUUUUUUCAGAUGUGCUGUCCUGUCUUAUCUUUUGUUCGAUUGUUCUUGUAUUGCCCUUUCCUUUUUUGUUUUUUGUCGUCGUUGCUACCAUGUGGUUAUUUUUCUUUCUCUCUUUCCUGGAUUGUACGAAUUGUAUAAUACAGUUAUUUGCUUACUUUCUGUAUUCAAGUCAUGUUUACAACAUGUACAACAUUUGCCACAUGUGUACCUGCAAUGUAGGAUAUUAAAAAAUCCAAUAAAAUAUUAAUCAAAGAUGGAUGUAAUCAAAUGCACCUAACUGUAUAUGAAUGAUUAAAUUUGUUGUUUUCUUUCCUCUCCGUAUGCUUCCAGAUGAGGGUUACUACCAAAGUGGAAGGUUUCAGUUUGAAAUCGACGUCCCUGAAGCCUAUAACAUGGUGGUAAGUCGUCCAGUUUUCUCUUGUUGUUUUGUCUUUGGAGUUGAUGUGUGUGUUUGUUUGUUUGUGUGUGUGUGUCUACCUGCUUAGGUGGGAGCUUCCCUGUUCGGUUUGUCAGUCUGUGGUUUUGGGCAUGAAUCAGUCUGAAACAGAGACAGAGUCCCUUUACAUUAUCAGCUGCAGGCACCAGCUAAAAUCUCUGCAGGGUGUUUUUUUGUUUGUCAUUAAAAUUCAUACAGAGAUUUUAAGUUACUGGGAACUAUUUUGUGACCUUGGGUGAUAAAUUACAUCUUUUAUUCUCCAAGCUUUAUCUCAUUCUUCCUGCAUGUGUCUGUACUUGUAUUCAUCCCUGCACAUGUAUGCAUCCUUUGUGUCUCGAUGUGUCCUCUGAGUCUGUCGUCGCACAUUUCCACAAGAAUCUGUUGCAGUUCGUGACUUCGGCUCAAGGAUGAUACAUAAUGAACAAUCGUCUUCAAAUGUUAAUCGAUUCAUAAAGUUCUGUCUCAAGGCGUCAGGUGGAGAAAUUGCUCCUGUGAAGAAGAGUCUUGAGGGAAAAGCAGAGCGAUAAGGAUGAUUAAAUUUUGGAAGGGGCUCUGUUAUCUCUGCGUAACCUCCGAUAAAGUCAAGUUACAUUUGUAAUAAAGUUAAAUGGCAAACUUCGGCACGAGCGAACCAGGGGAACGAUCCGCCGUUCUCCGCUGGUAAUCAUAGAGGGUGAUUAUCCCAGCAGGUGGGCCGUAUUUUGAUGCUUUGCAGCCUGCACAUCAAAUCAGUUUACAAAAGCUGUUUGCAACUUAUUGUGGUCUUACUCUCAGACUCUGUAAAAAGCCUCGCAUUGAUUUUUCUGCUAACACAGAGGCUUUAGGUGUGUGAAGGACUGUGGUGUUAAAGGACCUCUGUCUAUCAAGUAUACCGCAGAUAAAAGUGGUCAGCCUGUGAAGGAGGUUUUAAUCUCCUUUAAAAACAGAAUGGGUCAAUUUGAAAGAACUUUUAAUCCUGACAGACCAACUACACCUGGAGAGAGAUUUAAAAAGUGUGCUAAAAAGAGCUAAAAUGACUCUAAACACAAUUCUUUUUAACUCCAACAACAAAUAAGUUCUCUGAUUAUGAGCAGUGUAAGAUAAGAUAUGUAACUAAGAAAGGUGUACAACUGUUGAACCACUUUCAUUACAAGUUACUCAAGCUUCUUUCUACUUUAAUUAUGACUUUCUUUUUCCUCAUCAAUUUUUCCAAAACCUUAUUUUUGUCCACUGAGUCAAACUGAAGCAGGUUUAGUCUGUGUCAUCUCCUGAAGUCACAGAGUCUGAGGCUUUACUUUACUUUUCUUUGUGCAGCCUGUCUGUGUAUAUGCAAACGCCUCUUUACAUAUACAUCCAUUUUAAACUAUAAUUUAUAUCAGGUAAAUGAAUUGAAAUAGUUGAAAACACCUCUUUUAGUAGUUUGACAAGAUCUCUUACAAAAAUAUUAAAGUGUAGAAAAUGUGACCUUGGAGUAGAAGUUUCAGUCAGAUUCAUAAACUCAAAACUUUUAUUUGUUUGAACCACUUCAGAAAAAUCCAUCCUAUAUAUUUUUAAAUUGAAUUAGUUAGCAGACGCCUCAUCUGUCCAUGUCGUAAUUAUGGAGUGUUGUAGCAGAAGGGACACAAACACAACAUUAACAACUUGUCCUUGAUGAGUUUUUGUUGAAAAUAAAGUUAUUUUUCAGUGACAGUAAAGGCAUAGAGGCGUCUUUUUUAAAACUUUCUGCUUCUUUAAAAAGUGCAUCAGCUCUUGGUUAUUAUUUACCAGUUUUGUGACGAAAAUUAAUCCAAAAAUAACAAAACAAAUUCUCUCUUUGUCCUUUUCUGUGAAUUUCCAGCCUCCUAAAGUGAGAUGUCUGACCAGAAUAUGGCAUCCUAAUAUCACAGAGAAUGGAGAGAUCUGUUUGAGGUAAUGACCCUUUUUUUUUCGUGCAACUUUUUCCUCUAUUCCUCUCAAAUUUGUCUCUUUCGGUAAAAGUAACAGAUUGAUGGAAACACCAAACAGAAGACAUCCUGAAAUAUAACGGCUGUUUUCUUUUCCGUGCAGCUUAUUGCGGGAACAUUCGAUCGACGGCACAGGCUGGGCUCCCACCAGAACAUUAAAGGUAAAUCACUCUCCUCUUCACAUGUGUUUUUCCUCCUCUUCUACUCUCACCUUUUAAUUUUUAAGUUUUGGAGACGUAAUGAAUAUGAAGAGACCUGCUGAGCUGUUCCAAAUAAAGGUUCAGGACUUUUUUUCAACACCUUCAGUCAUUUCGUAGAAGACAUCGGUGGCAUUUUCAUAUCUCACGAGAGCAAAGCAGCGGCCUCAGAACAAAAUACAAAUAACACAUGUUGCAUCCCCACGCAGACAGAUGGAAGCUUAUGUUCACUAAUCAGACUAAUCUAGAGAAGAUUUAGUCUUGUUUUCAUUUGUAUCACUUCAUAUUCAGGAUGAUUUGUCGCCUUAAAGACGGCCAAGCGAGACGUCAUGGAAACAAGUUCUUGAAUGAACCCCCGUCUGCACAGGACACAUGAACCUUUGACCCUAAAUUUAAAUAUCUGUCAGCUUGGAGCACGACCUGCAUUAUGCUUUAAUCUUUGAGGUCUUGGUUGUAAUAAGAACAAAGCAAAGCUCUGAUCUUCUUCUUCUUUCUUUACCUUUUUAAACUGACAAAUUGGUGCUUCAAAAGGAACACUUCCGAGUGCAUUUUGAAAACACAGUCAAAUCCUCCUGAGACACAUCUUUUGCAGAGUCAUGUUCGAUAAACUCUACAACAAAAGGCUUUUUCAGCUGCAUAUAAAAGACUGCAUUGACUUCUUAAGCUUUACCCUUCACUCAUUUGAGAACUUUCCGCAAGUGAUUUAGAAACAAGUGUGCGAAGAACAAAGCAAGGACGUCCUCUGCUAUCCGUGUGCAGGAUUUUGACUGGAAUAACUCUCCGCAGAAGCUCAAGUUUGAAACCGAGGGCCUGAUUUACAGAAGGAUUGCAGAGUUAUGGGGGCAGAUGGGGGAAAAAGACGCCUCCUAAUUUACAAAGGGUGUGUAAAGGACUUAACACACACAAAACUGCACUGCAAGAUAAAGACAGGCUGCACUGAUGCCUUGAUUAAAUGAGCUAUUAUUCAUAGAUUUGGGGCAAAUUGGUGUUUUUCCAGGCAAACGCAAAAUGUUCAAGCGCUAAUAGACACAUACAGUCAGAUAAAAAUCUGUUGAGAGCUGGUGCUGGUUUUCAUUAAGGACACCACACUCUAAUUCUUAAAGAUCAAUCUUUUCGGGGUGUGCAGAUUGCCCAGCAGAAGUACUUGGUUCGAUUCCGGCCCUGACCAUGUGCUGCAUGUCCUCCCCCUCUCUCUCUUUACCCCACGUUUCACAGUAAACAGUAAUGAAACAUGAAUUGGAUCUGUCAUGAAUCAGCAUUACAGUAACAAGCUCAUUACCCAGCCUAUGUGGACAGAUAGGAGCACCGUGAAGAUGGGCCGUGCAGCUCUGCAUGUCAGAGAGAGGAGAUACUAACGGCUCAUCUUCACAGCCACAUCGGGGUGUGACAUGAGGCCAAAACUUAAUGAAUGUGUUUGUGAUGAAAAUCAUCGCUACAGUAUGCUUUGUAAUUCGUAGCUGAAGCAGAGCGAAGUGAUGUGCCACUAGUGCUGCUAGUGGAACUCCCCCUGAAUGAAGUUGUGUGUUUACAAAUUGUUCAUAUGACUGGUCGUUUCCUGAAAAAAAAAGGAGAGGAAGAAAUGUUUGCAGAAGCACCGGCUGCCCUCUUUUUCCUUCAGUACCAGAUUUACAAGUUUAAAGAGACAGGCAGUAAAUCUUCUUUGAAUACCCUCUUUAGUUCUGCCAACACCGCUUUUCAGGUUGUUGUCAGGAUUUGUCUUAUCCUUCAGAGUCCUCCUCCUCCUCCUUUUUUAAGUGUUUGUCAGCUCUCCUCUUUUGCCUCAUUUCUCGUUGCUUUCUUCAUCUUGUUUCCAGACUAAGCCGUCCCGCUGUUCCCGCUUUCACAGACUCGAGAACAUAAUGGAAGAUUGUCAAGUUAGACGAUGAUUAGUUUUUAAUGCUGUGUCAUCUCGGCACAUGCAGUCUUCCCAUCACCGGACACAUGAUGUUUCACUCUGCGGGAUUUCAAUCAUAUGAUGCAUCACGAAGGCCGGAAAAACAAAUUAUUUCAGAUCUGUUUCCAUUAUUUGACUAAAAUAGACGCUCCGAUGUGAUUAGAUUCUGUAUGUGGUCUCCUUCUACAACACGGAUGAAAUUGCAUUUUGAUGCAACGAUUCCCCUCAGCUCCUCCUCUCCCCUCCCUCUCUGCUCCAGCAAGCCCUGCCCACAAACAGACGCUCCUGCUGACUCAUAUCAUUUCAAUUAAAUUCAGAUAUAAUUUCUCUCAUGAAUUUAAGGAGUACCUGACAUCCCUAACACGAAUUGACAAUUGACAAAAAUAAAUAUUUAUGUUUUUAAAUUCAUUUAUUUAUUAUCUUCCCGACUUUUUAACUUUGCUGACAUCAUUAAUUAUUUCCUUGGUUUAAUGUAUUUAUUUAUUUAUGUAUUUAUUUUUUCUGUUGACGCAUAUCAUGUCUAUUGUUCUGUGUACAGUUGUUUGUACGCACAAACUUUAACCAUAAAGUUCAUUUAAAAAAAAAGGCAGUAUGAAAAAGGAAAAUCAGAUAUAAUGCAGAUAAAUACUUCAAAUAAUUACAAAUGUUGCCCAGUCAACGUGAAAGUAAAAAGCAUUGAUACUACUGUAGAUGCUAACAGACUACCAGCAAACACAAUGUUUCAACCGAGGUCAACAGUUUAGCGGCGCUACGACACGCUACAGCAGGUCCAUUUGAUAAGAAACACUUUUGUUACAGACACUUGGCUUACUUUGUUAAAGUGGUUUACCUGUCCAGCAAAAAGGUUAAAGGGUCCAUAAGAUCCUGAAGCGUCCCCCAACAUUCAUGCUAGCUUCAUUGAUGUCGACGUGACUUUUUAGCUCUUGUCCCGUCUACCUCCGUUUUAAGCGCCCGUUUUUCCGCCAGUCUCCGGUUUUAGUUCGUUUUCUUGCUUGUGUUUGCAGUCGUAGCCAAAGAGGACUCAGACAAUUUUCCGUACUUUCUAGUUGGUUUCUACUGUCCGAUAUUGUAGCACGCUAACUAAUCAGCACUAAGGAGCAGCGUUCGUCUCACAACCAAUCAGGUUGGGGGAGGCGGAGAAUGGCUUUGUUUACAGUCAGAAUAAGCAGACCGCUCAAAAAUGAGAAAAUAUUGACUACACAAUCAUAACAAGACACAGCGAUUUCAUUAUAUCACCAAAUGUCAUCAAUAACUAAUAACUAUUGACUGAUAUCAAAAGCUUUUUUGUAUAUACACCACAAUAAAAGAUGCUUCUUUAACGGACUCCUGCCUACCCCACCUUUACCGAGGUAUUAAUCCUUUAAUGAAAGUAAGGAUGACUUUUUAACUCAGGUUUUUUUUUCAGAGCUUAUCUUAAAAAGAAAAAAGAAAAAGAGUAAAUUCCUGGGCCAAUCCCGUUAAUUUGACUGAUAAUUGCUUUGAUCAGAGCGCUUGCUUGAGGGAGUAAAAUUAAUCAGUGAAAAUGUUCUGCAUGGAGUUCAACUUUGGUGAACUUUGGUCGAUUCAAACAAGCAUCAUUGAUCACUCACAAGCCGCCUCAUCCGAGCUGACUUCAGGGCAGACAGAGACUCUGAACGCUUCAGUUCAUUAAUGUAAUUAUGUGCCGUGUUAAAAACUGUAUCAGCCUCCGUGGAGAAUGAAUCAGACCCAGCUCAGUAAGUUUUAUUUUACAAACGUCUCUCAAACCAAAGCGAUCCCUGAAAGACCUCAAAGGAGAAGAAAACAAAACAAAGCCCGCAUCAGACUCCAGGCACAGACACACUCUAUAUUUUGAAUGAUGUGGAGAUUAUAUUUUAGGCUUAACAGGCUUACACGAUCUCCCUAAACGGACGUGAAGGGGAUAAGUAACAAACGACAGCCAGUGUAUUCAGAGCAAAGUGGGCGGGCGGGAAAGUUUCAUCUCAUGUUGUUCUUUCGAGUUUGACAACAGGAUUAGUCGAGAAUUUCAGCAAAGUCAAUUCAGCCAAUAAGUAUUCACACGGUCUUAUAGAAACAAAAGCUGCCGUGUUCAGCAUAUGCGGCUCGUUGGAUUUCACCCCCUAUAGAGCCCCUUAGGAAGGAUUUUCAAUGCAAAAAUGAGUGAGCAGAUUCUGUUAUCCAAAGGAAAAAAAAAAAAAAGACCCACACGUUUGUUCUGUGAAGUUUACUUCAGUGUAUUUGUUUCCUGGAGAAGUGAUUUGUUUAUGCAAAAAACACUUUGUUUGCAUGUCAAGAAUAAAAUUCCUUUGGCUUAGCUUUAGCAGAAACACUUUUAAGUUCACUUCUGCUCACUUUAACUCCACAACAACGUAAGGAUGGUAUUAUCAAUGACAGACCUAAGGAUAAGUCAGGUCUUAAUUGUUUACAUGGGUACUAAAUACAAUAAUCUGAUUUAAGAUAUAUACACACACCAAGAAUCAAACUAAAAUAAACUCAUUUAAUAGUGUUCAUUUGGUCAAAAAUAACAGGAGAAACUUUUCCAUUUGCCUGUUCCUGUUGUUUAACACAGCUGUUGUUGUGUCCUUGUAUAUAAUGUGUCACAUAUAAGCGAAAAAAAACCACAAUCCCGUGGCUGCAGUCCCCAACACUCACCGUGUACCUGAGAUUUCAUCCUGCUCCUCUUUGUCGUCACUGGCUUUGGAUUUCUGUUUCCUACUUAUUUGUUAUUUUUAGCCAUAAAGACACUCAGACGUUCUGCUAUUUUGUUGGAGGAGUUGUUUACUCCUUUUUUUUUUCAGUCCAUUCCAGGAAAAACACAAAAACUUAUCAUGUAAAGCAGAAGACAGGGCAGUGAAAAUAAUGUUAGAGAAAAACAUCACAAGGCCACUGAGCGUAAACCACCCUCCUGAGAAUUUCUUUCUGAGUGGACCAAUCUCUUGUCCUGACCUCUUGAGGUGCUUACACAAAGCAUUUAAUCCAGCUAUUAUAUAAACAAAGCGUCUGAUUUCAGGAGGCAGUCUUAGCUUUUUGUUUGCCUUGAUAUUGUGAGGAAAAAGAGAGAGAGAGCGAGGCAUGAGGAGGACAUCAUCUUUUUUUUUUCCUGUUGUUUUAACACCUCAUGCAGCCGCUGUGAUGGUGGGUUGUGACAGGCGUGUAGACGCUAUUUCAUCACCUGCGAUAGUGAGACUCGAAGCGGGAACAGAGGUGGUCUACACAAACAGACACCUUUUACCUUUUACCUUUUUACUGCGGUUGGAGACUUUGCACAUGCAUAAAAUUUAAAAACUGACACUUAUUCUUAAAACAUGACUGGUGCCAUUUUGUACUCUUUACCUCCAGUGGAUAGUCUAGUUUCAGAAAACUGGUAUAUAAAAAUCCAAAUUUUACCUCUACGAAACACUGUUUUCUUGUUUUCAAAGGCACUUUUUGUUGCUUUCAACCCUUCAGAUACUUUUAGUUGCCUGCACGGCUCGAAAAGUAGCUUUGCAUACUGAAUGGGUGCUUAUCUUUAUGUGUUCAUGUUCACCGAAGCAUUGAUAACCAGCGGCUGCAGCGCCAGGCUUAAGGAACGCACUCAGGUAUUAAAGAUUACAUACAUGAAGCUGGCAUGAAUUCAUUCAAUAUAACAUUUUGUUGUACAGAUACACGAAUUCAAGCGGCUGUUUCCGCUCUAUUCACUGCAAAGUUGAGAUGAAAGCAGAGCGAGCUUUGCGAGGCUUACAGCUUAGGCAGCGAGCGGGGCACAGCUUGAGAAGUUGCAUAUGUGUGUCUCUGAGUGUGCGACACCGCAGGUGCACAAAAUAUGUGAGAAAAGGUGAGUGCAAAAGCUGUGAGUCAGAAAGGAUUGUGUUAGUGUUUGAGUGGGUGAUGAUGUCCCUCUUUGCUGGUCACCACUUGUCUCCUCUUCAGCCCACGUCCACACCCACACACACACUGUAUCAUGCAAAAUACCUUCACAACAAGGACUUAUAUGGGCAAUGCAACACAAAUCUCAUCUGCAAAACAUGAUCAAAAACAAGUUUACAAAGUGCACAGAUUUGGCUGAUUUUAUCUUUACUGUUGUUGUUUUCUUUUUUGGCCAAAGUGCUGAUAAAAAACUAGAUCCUCUCUUCUGACCUUUUUUAACUUAUGGCUUAUGGCUUAUUGGCUUAUAAACUUCCUUUAAAUGGAACUGUUUAAAACAUCUAUUUAACUGUAAACAGUUUAAACAAUUACAUCUACAAAUAAGCUUUCCUGUUUAAAACUGAAACAAUCUCAAAGUAAGCUUAAACCCCCAUACCAUGAAAACUGAUUAGAGCAAGUGCUGGAGUUUGCUGCCAAUGCAGACACCCAUGGUGCAAUGCACAAAGAGAAGAGUGGAGCAGAUCAUCGCAAAAAAAUGAUCUCUUUUUGAAUUUCGGUGAUCAAAAGCUCACAAGAAGUUUUAAAAAGUAAAGGUCCUUACACACCGGGGCCGAAGCAAGUAUACAACGCGAAAUUAACGAAAUAUUCAGGGGCGAAUUUUGACGCACCUGACUAUACAUGAUAGCAUGUACUGAGUCGGGGCCAGUACCAGAUAAGGACAUUAAACUAUAAUCCAUAAACGUAAGGUAAUCGAGACCUAAUGGUGCUGUGAGAGCAACGCUGUGAUUGAGUUUGAGACAGUGAAAAUACAUAUGGUAUGUUGUAUCUGAACAGGUUAGCUUACGAGCUAAAGUUACUUAGCACAGAUGAAAGUUAAAACAAAGACGUUUAGCAAACUGCUAAAGCACACAAACCAUCCUUCAGGUCGUUAUCUUUGUAAUGUUUGUUUUUUUUUAUCCAAAAGCACCCUGUUCUCCUACACAAUCAGCAAGCACAAUCAGCCGGUCGGCCAUGUUGGAUAUACUGGUGAAUCUGAUGGCGCAACAACACGCAAUCUGAUUGGUCAGAAGUAGACACACAGUAUGCGAAACUUUGGAAAAUAUUGCAGGACGGGAAAACAUCGCUGAUGUGAACGCUUGUAUUGACAGGAUACGGGUUCGAAAAAAAAUGUUGAUGUCCAAAAUAAUCGCUCGACUAAAACGCUCCUGUUGUGAAAAGACCUUUAGGGUAAAGUUUUGCACAGAAGAGGAUUCGGUUGUACCAUUUGAGAAAAACGUUCACCUUAAUUCCAAAAUUAUUUGCCUUCAUUUUGGUCAAUCAGUGAAAAGCUCUUUUUAAUUAUUUAUUUAUUUUAUUCAUUUAAUUUUAUUUAACGAGAAAAACCUCAUUAAGAUCAAUAAUCUCAUUUACCAGAGUGUCCUGGAGUGUCUUUAAUUAAUGGGAUGAUUGUUUAAGAGCUUACCGUUGUGCCUGAUUGCCGCCUUACAGCCUAACAGCUGAAAAUAACUGCCGUAUAACCAAUUAAGAACAGUAUAAAGGAAUAUAAGAUAUGACAAAACAUUAUAAGAAGAUGAUAAUCUACGGCUAAUUAUAAACUAGCAACAGUAAAAUUAAAAAUGUAUUCAUUCUAAAAAAUAUGAAUACAUAUUAAAGCCAUCAUAUACUUUGAACUGAUGGAUUUAAUAUAUUGCAGGGAAUGUGCUGACUUGAGUUUAAAACGGGAGCUGAUUUGCAUUUUCUAUAUCACAAAGUACACCUAAUUAAAUUUAGUUAAAACCAUUCAGCGACUGUUACAAAUGAGCUUCUCUAGUUCAGAUAAUAGCUGGGAACAGAUUUACUUUUAUUUCAGCCAUAAUCCAAGAAAGACAACCUCUCUCUCUGUGGAUUAGUCCAUACAGCGAUGCAUAAGACGAAGACAAAGACAGCCAAGAUUAUGUCAAUUUCAUUUUUAUCAUACAGUAGCAAAAACAGACAUUUUGCUCAUCGCUGCUUAUUCAGAUACCAUACGUCCAAAGCUUCUUUUCAUUAUGUGAACGAAUGAAGUACAAGUGUGCGGAGUGAAUGGAAGAUAAUUGAGUACUUCUCCUUCGCCAUGUCACUGCUGUAUUUGAAUUUUCCUGUAAGAAGAAAUGAGGGAAAGUGACGGCGAUUAAAGGCCAUAAUGAUGCUUCCUCUAUUUUUCUAGACAAAAAACAGCCAGAACUGCUCCACCGUCUUAAUUUAAAUGUUUUAGCCACACAGGAGGAGAUACAGGGAUUCGAUUUUUUACAUAUUUUGUUUGGCGUGGUACUUUUUUUUUUUUUUCUGGGGUGAAAAUUAAAGCAGUUCACAAUUCUUUGAAGGUUUUUGUUCAAUAAGAUAUUUGCUGUAGGAAUCAGGUUGGCGGUAAAUUUAAUAUUCCAUCCGUUUUCUUCUACUUUUCGGAGUCGGGUCAUGAAGUCAGCAGUCGACCCAGACAUUCCCCUCCUCAGCAACAUUUUCCAGCUUUAGUUAGGGAUACGGAGGCCUCCCCAGGUCAGGUGGGAUACAUAAUCCCCUCCAACAACUCCUCCCACUUUGACGUUUUAGCACCUCUAAAGGGAGGCGUCCUUUUCAGAUGCCCAAAAUCACAUCAAUUGCUCCUUUCUUGAAGUUGAAUGCUUUUUAAUGUUUUUUUUAACUUUUGAGUUUGUGGGUGAGUCAUAUGAGAGUAAACCUGGGAGGAAAUCCUCAAUAUACUUUGACAUACCUUUAUUAGUUAGCUAACGGUCAGUAGGAGUGUACUUGCUGCAUAAGUGGUUCAUUAAAAGUUCAAGCCCAAAGUAGCUUCACUGUUGCUUGUUAGUUAGAUUCUUGCAGAGUCUCAUUUACAUCUUUUAACUUGAGCAAUAUUUUACAACCCUAUUUUACACCAUGUCAUAACAGUUUCUGUGAAUCAGCUCUAUAUAUGAGAUCUCUGUUACAACAGCUAAUUAGAGUUUGUAUGCACCAUCGACAUGUAUAUCCAGGGAGUCAAAAAUCUUGAUUAGGUCACCCCACACAUGAAAAUGUUCAAUGCAUUUGCUUCUGAACAGCCUGAUCCAUCUUGUGGUGUAAAAGCUUCUUUUUUUUCCCUUUUUUCCAGGAUGUGGUGUGGGGUCUGAACUCCUUAUUCACCGUAAGUUUGCCUUAAGUUUUGACUUUGUUCUGUCUUUUGAUUUGUGUGUCAAACGUCUGUUUUUAAAAGUGAUAUCUAAAAAGUUAUGAUUGUUAUUAGUCAAGGGAAGGCGUGUUUAUUUGUACAGCUUAUGUGAGCAACUCAAAAGUGCUUCUAACAAAACAUUACGACAUUGUGAAAGUUUCCAUUCGAAAGCAAUUAAAGCAGAUCAUUUAGAGUCAGUGAGAGGAUGAGGAGGAGUUAAAGUAUGCCAGGACCAGGGUUCCAAAGUAUGGACAUAAAUUUGAUCAAUUUCCAGGUCUAAAAAUGUAUCGAAAAUGAAAAGUAAAGUGUGAAAAAAUAUUUAUGUUUCUAGACUGUUACCACAGUUCUGAAAUACUGUUUUUGAAAAUAGUAAAGAAGGUAUUUCCAUAAAUAAUUCUAAAAAGUAGGGUAUUGAAAAGUAUGGAAAUUCCAACUGUGUAGGAACCCUGCAGGACAGAACUGAAACAGAAGUUUAAAAGUUACAGUGCAGCAGUCCAAACUUAGAUAACCCCUUUUUAAGCCUGUUAUUGCUAAAAUAAAAUAAAUGUUCCAGAUAAAUUCCUUUCAUAAAGAACAAAUCAAGUUCUAGGGAGUAAAAACAAGAACAUUUCAAUAUGCAAAGUCCUUGUUUAAAUGCAAACCAUCUGAUUUUAAAUGUUCUUUAGUGCAGUGUCUCAAAAGAGCACACUGAGCUGGGCCUGAAUGUAUUACAAAACAAAAAAGAGAAACUUCAGGAAUAUAUUGAUUUAGGAUUAAAGGGAAACUCGUUAAAAUAUCUGCUUAUUUGAUCAAAAGAACAUUAAAUUAUAGAGACACUUGAAGGAUUUGACCUCCUGAUAUGCUUUCAGAUAUCAAAUAAUUGAGCGGAUGUUUAAACUUUGAACGCUUUGAAGGCAAAAUGAAAGUCCUCAGAUUCAUCAGUGUGUCCCAAAUAUGCAGACGCUGCCAAUUCAAGCUUUCAUAAAAGCAUUAUCGAUUGUUUUUUACAAACCUCCCCAGGUCAGAGCUCUGUUCAUGAUGAUAAUAGUGAUGCUUAUCUGCACUGAUGUGCGGUCCUGCCCCAAGUCUUACCUCCUAAUCACGAAACAACCUCCCCGGUCAUCUUCCUUCUUUUUAUCCCUCCAAAAACACUCCUCGUCUUCUCGCUCGCAGCGUCUCGAACAGAGCCGCAUAAUUAGGCCUUUGUGUUUGCUGCAGUUGCAGAAUGCGGGGUGACACUGCAGACGGCGUAGUGCUGAAGUGAGCAAUAACUCUUCAGCAGUUGAGCUUUUUUUUUUUUUAUUGGUAAACAAAAUUUGGACCAGGGAUAAAAUAUCGAACCUUUAAAAGUUCCGUAACACAAUAGAGAAGCAUCACAGAUGGUGUGAAAAUCAAUUAAACUUUCUCUCAACUUUUUUUCAUAAUUUUUUUAUCUUAAUGUCGUCACACCUUUUCUGUUUCUCUCUCCUUGCCUUUUCUCCAGGACCUUUUGAACUUUGACGACCCAUUGAAUAUCGAUGCAGCAGAACAUCAUCUGAGAGACAAGGUGAGACUUGAGCAGAACUUCUCCAUGCGAUCAAACUGGAGCCAUAGUGUCAGUGCAAAACAGAAACUCUCCUUCACCGUCACGCAGAUGAUUCGAUUCUAAAGUGGCCCGUACUGUCUGAGAUUUGCUCAUCAUAAUGAAAUUCAUACCCCUGCUCUUGUUGAUAUCCUGCUCAGGGAAUGUAUUUGGCAGAGAUCUCCGAUUGCAGCAGUAACUCCAUUUCCUGCUGCGGCUUUCAGUGACUUCUUGCUUCUGUAGGUGGGAUGAUGUGAUAAUCAGUUGAGAGUGCUUUAAUCUGGUGCGGUGGGCUGAAGACAAAGAGCACACAGCUUCCCUGCCGAGCUGUGACUGGCUGUUACGUUAUGUUGAAAGGCUGCAUAUGGAACAUAUGGUGUUUGUAAAAAAGAAAAGAAAAACAACUUCGACUAUUAGAUCCUGUGACUCUGCAGUAGACAGCAGGCAAUUUGUAAGUCAAAUCAGCAGCCUAAACCAGAACUCCACACUCCUCCAUGCUCUCUCCUCGGUGAUGUUUAUAAUGCGUGUGCGUGGGUGUUUCUGUCUGUAUUUAUACGCAUCUGCACACCUGGGGAACUUUGUGAGUGUGUUCUUGCAAACUUCACCUCCAGUUUAACUUCAUCUUGGACUCUCCAUUCAGCCUCUUUUGCAUGCACAAUGACAGACGUUGUGCUAGCAUGAUAGCUGUUGAACGCCAGCCUUCCUCUAAGCAAAAAAAAAAAUUCAAGCUGUUCCAGACAGAUUGGCACCCUUUCUAAUUGAUAACUGAUGCCUCUAUUCCUCUCUAUUUUGCCUCUCCGUCUAACUCCUAUGUUGUGCAUCAUCCUCUCUCUCUUAUUCAGCUCUCUGUCGGUGUCAAAAAGUGUUAGAAAACCGACAUUUUCAGUGUUUUGCUCUUGGUAAUUGCUUCCUGAGAUUGUCUACUGAGCUAAUGUAGCUCUGCGGGGAGGCUGCUGCUGGCCGGAGAGGGAGCCGUUGGGAGCAGUUUGGGAUGAGUUGAGGGGAGCUGAAAGCAUUUUAAAACACAAUAUUUGACCUUUGGCAUUUUUGCGAGUACCCAUUCCCAUGAUGCAUCAGGGUGUGCCCAGCGGUGUGUGAUAAUGGCAGCCAUGUGACCCCAUUAGACGUGAAAGAGUUGUUCUGUGUUUUUUUGUGAGAGAGGGGAGAAUGAGAAAGAGCGUGUGUGUGGAAUGAUUGCUGCUUUGUGGCAGGGGUUAGGGUUGUUGAGGUGAGUCAAUGGUCUCCAGUGUAGGAUGACGGUGUCAAUUCAGAGCUUUUCAUGAAGUUAAUACAAAGAGGUCCUGGUCUUUAGGUGUCAGAAACAAACAUUAAUAUGUCAGGGUUGGUUGUAUAAAUGUCAACUCACUGUACGGGUGAUCCCUUUUAGACGUACAACCUAUUGAAUUAUGUGCACACACUGUAUUUCCAGUCGUCAAGCACAAGCUGAGUGCUCACUAGAGCUUCGCUAAAAAUAAGCACAUGGUCAGAGUGUUUGUUCCUGGGUUCAACACCAAUCAGCCAUGACUGGUCACUGUUUAAAAAAGGGAUGUAGUCUCUUAAAAGCUGCGUUUUAUAGCCAAGAAGUUAGGGCUGGGUGAUAUGGCCUCAAAUCAAUAUCACGAUAUAUUGAGCAGUUCACCUUGAAAACGAUAAAUGGACGGUAACUACUCCACAAGCUGCUCACCCCAAUCAACUUCGCCUACUUCAGCCUACAACUUCUAAACCGUCUUCCAUCUCCUCACCUGUCUUUCCCUCUUUGUAAUGGACUUGUUGGGGUGGAGUCACGUCUCCGAUGUAGGACAGCAUCUUAGAGGUAUAUGAGACCAUAGGCGACCUACACACAUCCAAAACCAACUUUUAUAUAUUUAUUUAUUUGACACAGAAUAUAUUAUAUAUGGGCAAAAAUGACCUCAUUUAUUGUCAUAAAUUUCAGUAUCAGUAAAUUUUUCGGUUGAUCGCCCAGCCCUACCAGGAGAAGCCACUGUCACUUUACAAACAAAUUAGUUGGGCUGAUUUUGAGCUCGACUUUUUCAGCAGGCUUCAAGUGGACACUUCAGCAGCUAAUUAGGAUGUGAACGGCAAAAAGCUGAAAUUCCUCAAAAUCAAAAUUCUUCAAAAACGGGGUCAGACACAGUUUCAGUUUUCUGCUUCGGUCUGCAUGGUCUCACAAUAUCUCUGGAGCCACUUAGAAUAAGUUAGAACAGAUGGUUUCAUUUUUGUGCUCAAGUUUUGCACACAUUUAAAACAAUUAAAACACUCCUGCUUUCUCAUCAACUAUGGGGUGACUUCAAUGUGGAGAAUGCUGAAUGAUAUUGAUUUCAGUCUUAAGCCACUGAGAAAAAAACUCAGAAAAAAAGUCAGUUUUACAAAACCUGUAGAAAACUGGAGUUUGGAGAGUUUGUUAGAACUUCAUUGGUUUGACUUUUUUGUCUCAGUGGUGAUUCAUUUCCAGAAAGGUAAAUUGCCCACCUCUUUUCCUAUUCAAGGUACCAGAGUAGGACAUUUGCUGAAUGCACCACCUUUCUAUCUUACAUCAAGAUCCAAUCCACACUACUUUAUUUCCAAUGUGCAGAAAUGAAAGACAUCAGUGAUGGAGGAGAGCCUGUUAAAAAGCCUUUAUUUUUUACAGCUGAUGUGUGCAGUGAAAGUAAAUUUUCUUGAUGUUUUCCGUGCUGCCUCACUGGUCUGUUGUGAUAUCUGGGCUUUCCAACAAAUGAAAACACAAAGCCAUCCAUCCAUGACCCACUCCCACUGAGUCCCAGCCUGCCGCAAUCAACUUCCGCAGUGAGUGGGUGGAACUGUGGGAGUGUGUGUCUCAGCGUGUGUGCUUCUGUGUGCAUGUUUGCUCGUGUGUGUGUGCGUGUAGAGGUUUUUUCAAGUGGAGCUCCUCUUGUGUCUGCUCUCUGCAUACAUUUCCUGGUUGAAGUGGCUGAAAGGGAACAUCCAAUUGGGCAAUUCAGGGUGUGUGUUGAAGUGUAUAGUACAUGUGUAGGUAAUAAGUGACUGUUGAAUGCACACAUGCACAGACACCUGAGUAACAAAUGUAACUGUACAGAAGAAGAAAAGGUUAAUUGAAUGAUUUGGUAGUUUUAGUGUUUACAUAUGCAGUUACUGUUUGGUACGGAAUCCAGAUUUCCUCUGCGUCUCUUAUAAAGAAUUGAAGCAGGUGAAAUUCAGAGUACAUCCUCUGGUUGAAGUCCAGGGAUUGUUUUAAAGCAGAUUUUUUAGUUUCAUAAAGACUUAAGAUGAAAACUGAGCUGUCAGAUCUGCCCAGCCUGUAAAAGUGUAGAGCCCCCAUGAGAGACUUUCAUCCACUGGCUUCUUCAGAGGACUUAGAUAAGAGGUAAUUGAAUAAAGACACUGAUACACAGACGUAUUCAUUAUAACAAUAGAAGUGCUGUCUGGCUUUUCUUUAGACUGAACUUUUACUGUAUCUAUACUCUGUUCAGACUUUAAAGCUCCUGUGAGGAACUUUAGGUUUUAUUAAACUUGGCAACACCUGUGCACUAAUAUAUACAUCCCAAAAGUCAGAUUAGAGCUAAUCUAGGCUUGACUUAACUGAUCAGGGAUCGGUAAUUUGAGACAAUCUUACCCCAAUCUUUAAAGUUAAUGGCAACAAUGCGGAAAUGAGAAAGCAGAGACAGUCCUACAGUCACUAAAAAAACUAAAUGGGGCACCCUUACUCAUGUCAUUCAACCAGAAUCAUCACCAUCAAAUUCACUGUUCAGAACUAUCCAGUUUUGUUGCUGUUUUCUGCUUUUGUAGGUCAUAGAGAAGCAUCAGUAUGAAUUUAAGUCUGCUUUAAAACCAGCCAAAAAGUCCUCUCAGGACCCUUGUGAUGGGUUUUCUGUUUAAAGCUACUAUAAGGAAUUUUUAGUGUCAAUAUUUCUGCAUCCAGUACUCAUCACAUCUUUGCUGAUUUGUCUUAUUAUUGGACAACAUUUGUCAUCAAACCUUCUUAUAACAUAAAAAUGUUGGGAAGUCCAUUUCAAUCUUAUUACCUGUAAAAGAAAAAGGACCAUAAAAUUAUACCAACACCUCUUAUUUAAUCAUAACUGGCUUUCUCCAACCUCAUAAGAAGAGUUAAAUAAAGCGCUGUUAUCGUUCAUUAAACAAGUUUAAUUAAUAACCUGCUAGUAUAUUGCUGGGUGUGUCUCUGACGAUGAAAAGAAGAGGAUGUAUAUCCCUGAAACGCUCCAAUAAUGUUGAAAUAAACCAAUGUUGGACUUAUCUCAGAUUGUAUUUUUGGAUUUGCUGUCUUAAGUCCCAAAGACAGAAGAGAAGGGAACAGUCCGAGCAGUGUAAGCCAAAGUGCAAAGGCUCCUACCCUUUCACUCACUACCCAGCAGCAAGUGCCAUUAUUUAAAUGUCACAAGUCUAUGAAAUGGCAAAAGGAUGAACUGCUGAGAAACAGAAAAGUUCAAAAACCUGCUUUGCCCAAAAAAAAAAAAAAAAGAAAAAAUCGGCCUCAGCAUUUUGACCGAAAAUAAAUUACUGUUGCUGGAAUAUCUCCGACACGCUGCGCAAUUUUCUGUGGUGCACUGCAAAUUGAUAUUGAUCACCGCUUAAGCACACAGAGUGACAGGGCGACACCUUGAAGGGUUUGUGAGUAGUUAAGCUCCAAGGUUCAUGCAUCCCUUUGUCCUCCGUUUGCAUACUAAAUCCUCUACAUCCACUCUGAUUACUCCCCAUCAAUCUGACACACCACCUGACUCAUCCUCUUGGUGUUUACAUGCUCACUGUUGCUUCCUCAGGUACCUCCAGUGGCUCGGCCUCUUUCAAUCAAUAACCAAUCAAGUCAGGGGACACACACACACACAUAAACACACUGCAUUGUGUUUACAGCAUCCUGUACUGGCUUCUGUCCUUGUUAUUAGCUCUCUGGCUUGAGCAUCGAUCGCUGUGGCCCUAAAGGUCUCAUUAAAGUACCAAAGGAGGGAAAGAUGAGACAUCUACGCUGAUCUGGAGGCACAUAUAAUUUAGUUAAAAACUAAGUCCCAGUGUUCACUUUGUGUCAAUAUAACAUUGUUUACUCAGGCUUGACUUGUUACUGUUUGUAUCCUAAUAAUUUUUAUGCUUUAGAUAUGUUUUAUACAAGAUGUAGUAACCCAGGUUAAGGCUUUUAAUGGUCUUAUUGUAGCACUGUAAAAGCCAAAGGUAUGUGAGAGUCCUCACUAUCUGUACUUAAGAAAUACGAAAUACGUAAGAAAUUGCAGUUGGCCAAGCGCCCCCUUGAGGCUGGCUGCAGACGCACUGGUAGGUUGACUAAAGGUCCUUACACACCGGGGCCGACAGAAAUAUAUGACGCGAAAUCAAGAAAUAUUCGGAGGCAAAUUUUACGCACCUGACCAUACACAUCAUCCCCGAUGCGAUUUUGCGACUUUCCGGGGGGAAAAGAUGCAUCCCGGGGAAGACUUUCCCAGAGGACAGUCCCGCCUCCUUCCUCUGAUUUGCCUAGAAAAGCCGGAAACGUCAUCACACGCUCAAGCCAAACGGUCAGCACUUAUAGCCAACCAGAGGUGAAGGAGGGCGGGACCGUCCCUUAACAACCAGUAGAUUUAGUUGUCUCUCAAUCAGAGGGUCAAGGGCUUCAUCUUAGGUGUAGUUGUCCAGAGCAACAUCCAUCCACUUGGCAUCUCUUGAUGAGGUGGAGGACAAACAAAUUCAUUUCUCUAAAAGAAGUGCUCCAUGGUAAUGUUUAUGCAAAUUGUGACCAAGAGCGAUGCAAAUUAAUGAAGGUGAGGCUCAUCAUUUCUACAGCUUGUUACUGUAAGUUUCAUUCUAAGAUCCUAAGAUGGUUUUAACAACCCAGAAGAGAGACGUUUGUCUGAUGUGAUGGGAAUGUUUGAUCAGUCGUGUAUUUAGGACCCAGGGUUAAAGUAAAUUUUUAUCAAAUAUCCAUACGUAUUUUAGUCUCAAACCAAGCAUAAUCGGAGAAUAUUUAUCAAAUAGAUGUUUCAGUACUUUGAAAUCUAACCUUCAAUAUGAUAGUGUAAAGGUCUGAAGCACAAGACUCAGCAGCAGUCUACCAAAUUACAGAAGCAUGUUGCAAAAAAAAAAAAAAAAAAGGAAGUGAAAUUUUCAGCAUUCACAGACUUCUUUUUUCUACUGACCAGCUGCUGACAGAACGAUUCACAGCUGCUGCAGAAAAUCCAAAAGUCCUUCAACAUCUUAUUAAAAGGCAACAAAAAGGACAUGUUUGAUUUUACAGCAUUAACCAAAGGAAAUCUGUGAUUUUUGCAGUGACAUACUUCAAAAUUAUCUUAGUCAUAAUGAGUCACUUAAAGUUCAAAGUUAAACUUUAUACAUGUUUGAGGUGGAAACUUUUCACUAUACUAAACCCAGGGCUAUUAAGGGUUUAAUUUUCAUAGGGCUGGGCGAUAUGGCCUCAAAUCAAUAUUAUGAUAUAGUGAGCAGUUCACCUCAAUAACGAUGAAUGGAUGAUAACUACUCUACAAGCUGCUCACCCCCUCCCACAUUAACUUUGUCUACUUCAGCUGUCGCUCCAGCAGCUACAACUUCUGAACCGUCCUCCAUCUCCUCACCUGUCUUUCUCUCUUUGUUACAGACUAGAUGGGGUGGAGUCAUGUCUCUGAUGUAGGACAGCGUCUUAAAGGGACACGAGACCAUAACCUACCUACACACAUCCAAAACCAACUUUUAUUUAUUUAUUUAUUAUUUUGACACCAUAUAUAUUGACAUGGGCAAAAUGACGUCAGUUGUUGUCGUAAAUUUUCGUAUUGGUAAAUUUUCAGUUUAUUGCCCAGCCCUACCAGAUAAUUUGAGCUUGACUCCCCUCUUUGGACACAAGUCUGCCACAUACCCUGUUCUUGGAUAAUUUUUAGUAUUAGCGUGGAGCAGGGGGAAUUUUCGGUUUAUCGCCCAGCCCUACCGUACCACAUAAUGUACUAAAUCCUCAAAAUACUGUUGACUCCAGUGUAAAAAAACUUGGAUGGCUCUCUGUGUUCCCCAUCUUCUGUAUCCCCUGUAGUUUCUCUCUCCUCCGUUCCAAUUUGUCCAUCCUUGUUCACACCUCUCCUCCUGUCCCUUCACAGUCUGUCUAUUUUAUAUUUCCUGGGGCUUUCCGGAGCUCAGUUUUACCAUUUUAACAGAUUUAACAGUAACUGUAUGUACCCACAGGAUUUCAUUUGUCUCCUCCUCCUCCUCCCCCCUGACAGUGGUACCUGGACAGAAUUGCUGGAGGAGAGGAGAGUUAAUUGCCUUCCGCUGUUGAAAGAGAGCCAAGAAUUGUAAGCCGUAGCCCAACAGUGUUUUAAUCGACUGCAAGGCAAACUCGGCGUCUUCGAUGCAACGAGCUGCAGAGUAAUUUGCUGCCUCAGCUAGUUUCUGCUCAACAAGAGAAAGGAGGGACUAAGAAAGAAAAUUGAGUAUAUAUAACGCAAAAUAAGAUGCUUCAAAGUUAAGAAAGAUAAUUGAAUAUUUUUAGCUUGUGACCUUUCAGAUUGCACUGAUUACUAGAGGCUUAAACAUGAAAAGAGCAUCUGUGAGCUCUCAGAGGUGGUGCCAAAGCUCUAACAUCAACCGAAAUAACACAAACAGUAGGAGAUACCCUCACAGUGUGUGCCAGUGAAAACCCACCUCAUUGUGCCGCUGUGGGCCACUCAUCCACUAGGGAGACAUCCCUCAGCAGCACUUGGUCACUCCAUCAUCUCCCAGCGGACAGACGCUCACACUGCUGUCAUUACUGCUGAAGUUUCAGUCGCUGGCAGCUUCUCAGCAUUCCUGUCCGUCAUCCAUGUUUCCACACACGCACACCAUGCCCCUGUUUCCCAUCUCUCUCCAUGUCGUCCUCUUCCCUCUAGCUCGUGUUUUUCCUCACGUCCACUGCCUGUCGCCCAUGCACAGAAGCUCCAAAAAUGUAAUGCAUGACUUAUUAAACACUGGGGCUGUGACAUAAGUCAGUCUGCUGAUGUCAGAGUGGGACACUUGGGUGGGAAAUUUCAGGUUGUACUGCAGAACAUAGGAACAUGCCAGUAUUUCAUGGCUUGGACUCUGGUGGUGACAGAUAGAUAGAUGGGGUUAACAAAUGUGGACCAGGACCAGGAACAGAGAGAGGAGCACAGAUAAAGUAGCUACAACUCGGGUUUACAGUAUCGUGAACUGAACAGUUGACUGAGGAGUAAACAAUUAAAUAUUCAUGAGUGAGGCUAUCCAGCUUAAGUACAUCUUUUCUGAAGUGACUUUGCUUUGGCCUUGGAAAGGAAAAUAAACCCAGUCUUUUUUCACACACCAAUCGUAAACAAGUCAACACUAUAAACCUCUUUAAAAGCACAGAUCCAGCCUUCAUGUAGAAGCUAAAUGAACUGCUUUUGCACUUCUUGCUGCUUGCUACCGCUCAGAUUAAAGCUAGCCUGCAGCCUUUCACCAGCCAGGAUUUUCAUAUGUUGAUUGUAAGCAUGCUGCCCUUUGUAGUUAAGACUAGUUUGAAUGAAAUGAGGAAGAUUUAGACACAAGCAAACUGGGUUAAAUAAAAUUCUGUACGGCGAAACAGCCCAAGUUGUAGAAAAGGUUGGCACAGAAAGCUGGAAAUGAUCUCCAUCAUUUCGGGCCUCUUUUCAAGAGCCGAUGAAGAGCCAAAGAAGAGGAGGCAGGGUAAAGUUCACGCAGAGCACGAUCUAACCAGAUGCAGUCAGAAGAGAUGGGUCUACGGAGCGACCAAGUGGAGGUUAGAGGCUGGCUGGCUGGUUGUUCGGAUGGUGGGUGGGAUGGAAAGAAGCCAAAUACAGCGAGAAUGGAGCGAUAAACAGAAGGAAAAUGGAGCACAGACAGAGUGCACAAGAUCCACUGGGAUUUAAACACAGGAAGUCAGCUUGCAUGAUAGACAUAUAAAUCUGACGAAUUUUGGUUCGACUCUUAUCCUCUAGAUUUACUUUGUUAUCAGAUCAGCAGGAAAAAGCACACAGUCAGGAAAUUAAGUAGAAGCAGCAGACGGUAACACUUUACAAAAACUAUAACUUAUGUGUGAUAAUUAGACCAUUUAUAAAUGUUAAGUAGAUAGUUUAUAAAUGUUUAAUCAUCAUUUAUAAAUAGCAUAUAGACCAUUAAUAAAUUUCAAAUAAUACAAUUUUAAAAACCUAACCCUAACUGUACAAGAACAUCUAAGUAAUGUUUAUAGAUGGUUUAUAAACCACUUAUUAAUCAUUUAUAAAGUGCUACUGACACGCAUUUCAAUCUGGAUGUUUUACAACCAAUAUUUAAACCCUAUAUAAGCCUUUAAUAAAUAGUCCAUUAAGAAUUAAUGAAAAUUAUUAAUCAUAAUAUUAUUGCUUGUUAAUGGUAAAGUAACUAUUAACUAACGUUAAUAAACUAUCUAUUUUCCAUUUUUAAUUGGUCUUUAUGCUGUUUUUAAAUGGUGAUUAAACAAUAAUAAACUAUCUAUUUAUGAUUUAUAAAUUAUGGUUGUUGUAAAGAGUUACCCAGCAGACAAAAGGUAGAAGCUUAAUAUGAACCUGACAAAGUUGAAUUUGAAUCAAAUACAUACUUACACUUGUUCUGAAUUUAGUUUUAAAAGUUAUAGACAUCAGGCAGUUAAUAUCAUGGAUAUAGUGUAACAGUUUCUGAGAAGGAAAUGUGCACCAGAGUAUCAUCGACAUAUAAAGGUAUGUUACGUUUCUGACAGCUGGACUGAGCAGGAGGUUGUAUAACGUGAAAGAGAGUGGGCCAAGAACCGACCCCUGUGGAACUCCAGGGGGAACUAUUUGAAGUUACUUAAUGGUAUAGUUAAAUAAAAGUGUAGUUAGCCUAGUUAACCAAGUUUUUCUCAUGAGAUCUUUAGCAGUGAUGAACAGGUAACAUGCAAACUGCUCAUUUAGUGGAAGUGAGUGUGUUCGAAAUGUCAGAUCAGGCUGACAUGGCCUUGCAGGUGAUAAUCAGUGGAAUAUUUGCAGAGGGAUUUUGCAGAGAGAGAGGCAAGAUGUCACUUUGCACAGUGGAGGCUGCUGUGGACAAAGGUCUAGAAAUCAAACACACCUCACAUGUGGUCGCUCUGUGUAGAUUGAUCGCCUUUUUAUUUGUUGUUUUCUUCACAUUAUCGGUCAGAUUUAGUAGUUUCUCCUCCUAAAAUCUGACUCUCAUUUUCUCCUUUUACCUCUCCUUGUUUCCAAUCCAGGAGGAUUUCCGGAAUAAGGUUCAAGAAUACAUCAAGCACUACGCCAGAUGAUAGGAGCAUCGGCUUCGUACGCCAGCCUGCACCAACCAACCAAACUGCUCUACCUUGCCUCUGCUUACCUUGGCCAACUACCUGCCCCCCUACGUGUGUGAAUCAACAGCUGACUCUUUGACUCUUACAACUCCCCUCCUCUUGACACGGCUCUGCCCAUGACCUGCUGUUCACCUGAUUGCAAUAAACUCCAGAUUGAAGGAACAAAUUAAAAAACAAAAAAAGGAAAAAAAAAUAUGUGUUUGAGGAAGGGCUUGCAUACAGAAGAAAUUGUGCUUUAAUUAUACUAAUCAAUGAGUGUUACAAUGACCACGAUGUCUGUCCAUUGUGGGGAGAUCACUGAAUGACGCCGCCUGACCGGGGUGUCCUUGCGCCGGGUGGAAGCGAGCCAUGGCGAUGAAUGGCAAAGGAUCAGAUGGAGUGAUUCACUACAGACGUUCAGAUGUUUUGAAAAAUCGGUGAAUCAAGAGAUGGAAUAUCUGUUGCUAUCGGUUCUCUGUUCCAGUGCCUGCCAUGUUUGUCGCUAAAGAGAAAAUGCAUGUGAGUUCACAAAGACACACACACAGACACACACACACACACAGUGUAACAUCCUGUAGUGAAAGAUUAACGCCAACAAACACAGGUUGCUGAACACUUUGCCUAUGAAUCAAACACACACACCCAAGACAGAGAGCCUCCAGCCCCACUUGACAGCAUGUGAAUGACCACAUUGUCCCGUUCUGUGUUCAUUCGCCUUGCAUGUGCACACACACAACUCUCAUUCGAACCCCUCCGUGUGUGUGUUUCAUCUCUGAUGGGAGAUGUUCGACGUCAAAAACCCCUGCCAAAUGUAUUGUACAGUGUCCAAUUUUACCUCCGAGCCCUCUCCUUACUGUCCUUUUUUCCUUUCCUCCAUCUGUCUUUGUUACAAACACUCAAACAGAAAAACAACAUACCUCUUUUUCAUUAGGGAUGGAGAGGUUUAUUCAUGCUCUCAGUGCAUCCAUAAAAUACUAGAACAGUGACACAUUUUCACUCUCCAAGAAGUUGAAAGGACUCGUUUGGAGUUAACUCUGCAGCCGAACCUUGAGCCCGCUCCUCAAAGUUUAACACUUACAAUUACUACAUAUAAAUACAAGUGUACCAAACAAUAACAUCACCCACAGUGAAGCCACCCGCAUGUGGCUCACUAUUAUAGUGUGGUUUCCAGAUACAAUAGGCAAGCAAUAUCUGCUCGGUGCAGAAUAGCAGGCAGGCUGUUUGAAAGUAGCUGGUAAAUACAGUGCAGCAGAUAAGCUAUGUGUUUAAUUUGGAUGUAGGUGGAGUCAUAAAGUGAGCAGAAAUACAGCUAAAAAUGUGAUUUAUUCUCAUCAAUGAUCAGCUGUUGUGAUCCAUAUAAAAGCGCAUGCCCAUUAAGAGCAUGUUUGAAGCACAGAUCAGCAGGUUUUAGGCUUUCUAAUGGAGACGAGGCGAAUCCCAAAUUUGAGUAUUUGGCCUGUGUUUUAUUUAGGGAUGGAGAUCGAAGCUUCUUCCUGCUUAAAAUACAUCAUCAAAACUACUUUUAAAGCAAGUAUUCAUACGGAUUAACUUUUUCUUAUUCACUAAAUUCAUAAGGCGUCUUUCUGCCAAUUAACAAAAGUGUUGAUAGUUGGAUCAUGGAGGAGUUUCUGACGGUACGGAGCAAAAGAAGUCAUUUCAAGUUUGAAAAUCUGAGCUCCAUCCUCAGUUAUUAUACUGCGGUAAAUACAUCAUGUCUCACUGUCCUAAGAUUUUAUGAAUGUGUUGUUCACCCCUCUCAUUCUGGUAGCUGUGGGGGGUCCCCGAAGCUAACAUUCUCCUCGAGUAGACCGGUGGACAGCACUCUGUUCUCUCUUUCUCUGUGUGAGUCCAGACUUCAUUUGUCUCUUUUUUUUAAUUUCACUGUCUGGUUUUGUUCUGAAAAGUAAAAGCAGAGGUUCCUGAAGAGUUUUUAUUUGCAAAGUAAUUAGUUAGUUGGUUGUUUUAAGGAACUCCUUUGUUUUCACAAGGUGGCAGGAGGACCUACAAAACUGACUCUGUUUUUUUGGCAUGCUAGCUCGCUAAAGAACUCAUAUAGAUGCUGCUUUCCCACGGCGUAAAAGGACUUGAGUGGAAGGCGAGGAGCGUUGAACCGUCGCUAUCCAACCAAGCUAACCUGGAGACGUCAAGAUCUCUCUGUGAACCUCUGCUUUUGGUGAUACUGGCCAUAAAAGUUCCGAUCGAGGGGUAGUGUGUACGUGUGUGUCUGCGUGUGUGUAUGUGUGUUUGCGUGUCGCUCGGCCCUGGGUAGCAUCGUGCCUCCAGUUUGAGUCAUGACUGGUCUCACUCCAUUCAGCUUUCUGUUCACACGUCUGCAUGAGGCAAAGUCUACGUGAUCUGCCAGUGGUGCAUUUUACUAAGGAUGUCAGAAAAUGUCGUUUUACGUUGGAGAUGUAUGAGAGAGAAUGAGUGUAAAAGUCUCAAUUUUGUGCUUGUUGAAUGUGUGUGUGUGUGUGUGUGUGUGUGUGUGUGUGUGAGCGCAAUUACAGUAUGCCAUGUUGAAAUGAUGUGACUUGUUAGCAUGCUCUGGUUCUCCUUUACCCCUCUUUUUGUUCUCCGGGCCCCGGGGUAAACAGAUGAUUAUUGUUUUCAAAGAGAAAGUAAGCAGAACGACAGGAGACACUGGACUCUGUCAAAAUAAAGGACCUGAAUAUAAGACAAAUACCAGGACUAGUGGAAAACUUCGCAAAUGUGGGUGCGGCAGGAUUUUCAAACAUGGUUUUGGUCCAAUAACGCUGAGACGCAGGAGUGGAAGUUAUUGCGUCCAAUACAUCGUCCUGAUCUCUCAGCCUUACUCGUACACCCACCUUGGCCCCGUUGGACUUGUUGCGACAGAGCAUAUCCUUUAUUUUGUCAGUAGCAGUGUGUUUUGUUACCCAGGAUGUGAUUGGAAAUGGUCUUUUCUUGGGCUAACUCCAUCUUUGGGCCAGAGGAGAAGAUUAACAGCCUGUUCUUCGAAUCCUCGACUUUUUCUUUCUCAGAUUGUAUAUUCAUUUUUUAAAAUAUAUUAAAGAGAAUAUAAAUAAAACUCUGUGUCUUGUUUCUUGACUGUCCCAAACAACAUCGCAAUCAAGCUCCAAA